AUGGCAAUGCUCGCCAAAUCCACGUAUCCCGCCCCUCUAGGAGGAGGCUCAACCAUGGUCGCAAGCGACUACUCUUCCGGCCUACCAACGUCGAGGAGAAUACCCGCCAUGACUGGCAACUCGCAUGGCUUUUCCAGCCCGACAGAGUCAGACUUCUCCGACUCGGACGGCCCAGAUUCCGUCAAGAACUGGGACGAGGACAGGGUCUGCGACUAUCUCGCCAGCGUCAAGUGUGGGGAAUACGAAAAGCUGUUCCGCAAGAACCACAUCAAUGGCGAAAACCUGCUGGAGAUGGACAAAGAAGUCCUCAAAGAAAUGGGGAUUGACAAGGUUGGCGACCGUGUGCGCCUCUUCCUCAGCAUCAAGAAACUGCGAACAAAGGCGUAUGCCAACCAAAAGAAGAGAAAUAGGGAUUCGUUUGCUGGGCUAGACAUCCUCCCUAUGCAGAGCCAUGGCGGCUCUGCUAUGGCCUCCAACGCACGAUCCGCCCCUACUCCGUCUCUCAACAAGCGCUACUCGAGGCAGGUCGAUUUGUCUGGCGCCGGCGCCUCCGACCACGGAAGACCUACUUCAAGAUCUACUUCUCCCCAGCCACCAGAUGUGCGAACACGACAGCAACAGCUGCCGCAGCAAUAUCCCACCAGUAGAGGCUACGCAGCUCACGGGAGCCAGAAUCCGGCACCCAAUACUUCAAGCGGUCGCCUAAUGUCAGCUCACACGCGGAACAACUCCAGCUUAGACGGCUCCCUCAUGGCUACCCUGCCUCAGGGCCAGCACAUUAUCCGCGUCAUCUCCACCGGCGGCGUUACAAAGGUUGUCAAGAUUGCCGAAUGCAACACCUGUGAGGACGUCAUGCGUGUCACUCUGCGCAAAUUCGGUCUCCGCGAAGAUCAUGAGCGAAACUACUGUUUCUGGGUCCUGACCGGCAUAGAUGCCGAUCCCAGCCAGUGCCGUCGACUGGGCGACACGGAGCUCUGGCGCAUCAUCAAGGACCAGCGGAGGCCGGAGAGGAACCGCUUGAUUCUCAGAAGAGUGCCAGCUGGAGAGCCCGGCGAGGCAGAGCUGCAGCGCGCCGCCGGCAUUGCCCUGGAAGAAGAACAGCAGAAGCACGCGCGGGCGCUGGAGAGCGUGGAUAAAAGGAGUCAGAUCAAGGUACAGAAAGUCUUGGGCGAGAGCUGGAACGAGAAGCUUCAAAACCCCCUGUCCCCCAUCUCCUUUGCAGCCCGAGAGCGGAACACGGCGAAUGCGUAUAGAGAGCUGGACCGACCUUCCUCGCCCGAUCGCAACCCGCUGAGAAAGGUAGGACUCCGGCAGUUUGGGGGACUCCGGCCGCCGAGCGAGCUCAUCGCAUCGGAUCUGACAUCGUACUUCCCCGACCACGCCCGCGAGGACAUUGACCGGACCGCCAGGCUUUCUAUGAGAAGGUCCACCCGCUUGAGCAAGAUCAAUAGCCGACUUAGCGUGGCGAGCAAUUUGAGCUUUGCUUCGAGCAUCCAGGAUGCCCCUCCCAUCCCUACCAUUGCGGACUCUUGGCUGGGUGGAAGCGCCCAUGUGGCUAAACUUCGUCUCCAGGGCGGGCGAGCCCCAACGAUUUAUAGCAGAGAUUCGAUUGCCUCGUCGAUGCUCGGGACUCUGCAAGAGGAGGCGUCGUCGCCCACGGAGCCGAACCGGAAGUCUUACGUCUCGUUUUCGGACGCAAGCGACACCACCGGCCUCAGCGUCACCGACCCCGAAGGCAACACGACAAGCACCAGCUACUACGAUGCGGACGGGUCCACCGGCUCCGGCUCCUUCCAAGAAGUUCAGCAGGCCCUCGACGAGGACGAGGACGAGGCUGACGAAGAGCUGGAGAGCUUCCUGGCCGGAGACUCGUGGGACGAUAACAAGUGGAUGAAGGGAGCCCUGAUUGGACAGGGAUCCUUUGGCAGCGUGUACCUGGCGUUGCACGCGGUGACGGGAGAGCUCCUGGCCGUGAAGCAGGUCGAGAUGCCGGCGCCCGGCGCAAACAGCCAAAACGACAGCCGAAAGAAGAGCAUGAUUGACGCCCUGAAGCGCGAAAUCAGCCUGCUCCGAGAGCUGCGACAUCCCAACAUUGUGCAAUACCUGGGCUGCAGCUCUUCUGCCGAGCACCUCAACAUUUUCCUCGAGUACGUCCCCGGCGGCUCGGUCCAGACCAUGCUCAACUCGUAUGGCGCCCUGCCCGAACCCCUGGUGCGCAGCUUUGUGAGGCAGAUCUUGACGGGCCUGUCGUACCUGCACAACAUGGACAUUAUCCACCGAGACAUCAAGGGCGCCAACAUCCUGGUGGACAACAAGGGCACAAUCAAGAUUUCCGACUUUGGCAUCUCCAAGAAGCUGGAGGCGUCCAACAUCCUCAACGGAGCCGCCAACAACAAGCACCGACCUUCCCUUCAGGGGUCGGUGUUUUGGAUGGCGCCCGAGGUGGUCAAGCAGACUUCAUACACGCGCAAGGCUGACAUUUGGUCUCUGGGGUGUCUGGUAGUGGAGAUGAUGACGGGCUCGCACCCGUUCCCGGAUUGCAGCCAGCUGCAGGCCAUUUUCAGGAUCGGUGGCGGGAAAGCAACUCCCACCAUACCGGAGCAUGCUAGUGACGAUGCGAAGACGUUCCUGGGCCAGACCUUUGAGCUGGAUCACAACCUGCGGCCAAGCGCCGAUGACCUGAUGCUCAGUCCUUUCCUCGCCCAGAUUACUUGA